AUGUCGCGCAUUUCGGAAACUAAGGAGGCUCAAAGUGAGUCUUAUUAUUUACCUCACCACGCCGUCUCCAAGCAAACAAGUACCACCACGAAAUUACGGGUGGUAUUCGAUGGUUCGGCAAAAACAAGCACGGGUAUAUCUUUGAAUGAUAGUCAAAAGGUAGGCCCAACAGUUCAGAGUGACCUCACGUCAAUUUUGAUUAGAUUCAGAACACACCGCUACGUUCUAUCCGCUGACAUAGCCAAAAUGUAUCGGCAGGUAUUAGUAGAUUCUCGCGAUAGACCGUUUCAGCGAAUUCUGUGGCGGACAGAUCCGCGAUCACCAAUAGAUUGCUAUGAACUGAACACCGUCACUUACGGUACAGCGUCAGCCUCGUUCUUGGCAACGCGCGUGCUCAAACAAGUAGGCUUAGAGUGCAGUUCAGAGUUCCCGCGUACUAGUAGGAUAAUCAUAAACGAUUUCUAUGUUGAUGAUUUGGUAACCGGGACAGAAACGAUUGAGAACGCGAAGGAGAUCAGGGAGGAAAUCUCUAAGAUAUUGGUAGCCUCCGGUUUUGAAUUACGCAAAUGGGCGAGCAACUGCUCGUCCAUCUUGAAGAUCGCGGACGGAGAUAGUGAUAGGCAAUUUAAUAUAGACAAAGCUCCGAAAACACUCGGUUUGAAAUGGUCGCCUGCGGAAGACCAGCUCAGCUACAACGUGCGACCAUCGGUUAAUAAACGUUACACCAAACGGACGGUAUUGUCGGAGAUUGCCCAGAUCUACGAUCCGUUAGGUUUAAUCGGACCAAUAAUAAUUCGAGCGAAAUUGAUGAUGCAAGAUCUCUGGCAAUUAAGGGUAGGUUGGGAUGAAUCCCUCCCACAGGGACUGCACACGAAAUGGACCGCCUAUCGUGAUGCGUUAGAACGAUUGCCAGAUAUCAAAAUUCCGCGAUGUGCAAAAAUUAGCGAGACAGAGAGUAUAGAUCUUCACGGGUUUGCGGACGCUUCGGAAGAGGCAUACGGGGCCUGCGUAUACCUGCGAACCCAAAACACAGCAGGGGUGCGCCAAGUCAGGCUACUGUGCUCUAAGUCGCGAGUCGCUCCUUUGAAAUCUCUAUCCCUUCCUCGCUUAGAGCUAUGUAGUGCACUAUUGUUAGCGCGACUAGUGCAAGGGGUCAAGACAGCUUUGAAUUUGAUUUGCGAAAAUGAGUAUUAUUGGUCCGAUUCAAGAGUUACACUCGCCUGGAUUCAGGGUCCGCCAAAUAGAUGGCAAACUUUCGUUGCGAACAGGGUGUCGGAGAUCCAGACAUUAUGCAAAGAUCACCAGUGGAGGCACGUACCCUCGGGCGACAAUCCCGCGGACAUACUCUCGCGCGGAACCAGUCCAAGCUCGCUACGGAUCAACCGGCUAUGGUGGUCAGGACCAUCCUGGUUGUCAAAGGGUGAACGUGCCUGGCCAUCAAUCGAGACAAGCGUUAUAGAGGUGCCCGAAGAGAAGCAAAAACAGCAUCUGUUUGUAGCAACGGUAGGGGAAGAAUUCGUGCUCUUCCGCAGAAUCUCCGAGUACACGCGACUGUUACGGGUAACAGUUUAUUGCUUAAGAUUCACGAAAAACGCGAAGCUUAAGAACAGUGCUACCGGUGAAGGCAAGACAGUAUUAAUUAGCGUCAACGAGAUGCUCCGAGCCCGCGAUAGAUUAAUAUGGUUAGCGCAGCGCGAAGCCUAUGCCGGUGAAAUAGUUUCCCUAGAAAGGGAAGGGGGUGUGAGUGCGUCCAGUACUCUACGCGCGCUGGCACCCUUUUUGGACAAAGAGGGAAUAAUCAGGGUGGGCGGAAGAUUAGGAAACGCCCCAUUAGCCUUUAAAACACGGCAUCAAGCUAUCUUACCAACCAAACACCCGCUGACCGACCUCAUAAUCAGGCAUGAGCAUGUAAGGCUCUUGCAUGCAGGAGGUCAGCAGACAUUAGCCUCAUUAAGAGAACAAUAUUGGAUCAUAGCCGCAAGAAAUAAUGUGAAGAGGGUCAUUAGGGGAUGUCUCAGGUGCUUCCGAGUAAAGCCACGAGUUGCCGAAUGCGUGAUGGGACAGCUACCUACUGAGAGGGUAACACCCUUUCGCCCAUUCACAACUUGCGGGGUUGACUAUGCGGGCCCGUUCGCUACAAAAGAGCGUACGCCUAGCAAGGUCACAGUCAAGGCUUAUAUUUGUAUUUUUAUAUGUUUCGCCACAAAGGCCGUUCAUAUCGAGUUGGCCACGGACCUGAGCACUGAGGCAUUCCUUAAUUGCCUUAGAAGGUUUACAGCGCGAAGAGGUCGAUGUCGUUGCAUCAUUUCCGACAAUGCAACCAAUUUUGUAGGAGCAAAAAACGAGCUCAAACAAUUAAGCGAGCGGCUGAAUUCUCAGCAUCAUAAAAAACGAGUGACUGAAUUUCUAACAAAGCAAGGAAUAGAUUGGAAAUUUAUACCUCCUCGUGCUCCUCACUUCGGAGGACUAUGGGAAAGCGCGGUAAGACUCGCGAAAUAUCACCUUAAGCGAGUUAUCGACGAGCAAAGGCUCACAUAUGAAGAAUUAUACACGUUGCUGACGCAAAUAGAAUCCUGUAUGAAUUCUCGUCCUCUCACUCCAUUAUCAUCCGAUCCCGCAGAUUUCGAUACCCUCACUCCCGGACAUUUUUUGAUUGGCAAUCGACUGACCGCGUUACCAGAUCAUGACAUUACUCAAUUAAAGACAAGCCGACUAGGUCGGUAUCAGUUAAUUCAACAGAUGCUACAGCAUUUUUGGAGGCGUUGGCAAAGGGAAUACCUCCACCAGCUUCAGCAGAGGCACAAAUGGACACAAUCCACAUCGCCAAAGGUCACCGAAGGCGCUUUGGUCAUCGUCAAGGAGGACAACCUGCCUCCCUUGCUUUGGUCUCUUGGCAGGGUCAUACAUCUGCAUCCCGGCAAGGAUGGAGUGGCUAGGGUCGCCACCAUCAAAACAACAGAGGCGGAGUACAAAAGACCAGUGACAAAAUUGUGUCUGUUGCCGAUCCUGGACAAUGAAAGAGACUGA